ACAAAGAAUGAACCCUCACCCACUCCCUCGCGCGCGCUCUCUCUCUGUCUCUCUCUCUCGAUUUCGACUCCCAAACCCUUCCCCCAUUCCACCCAACUCUACUCACGCAGAGAUCAUCAACGAGACGCUACGCACCGAAUCACACAUCCGCUUUUUCCCCAAAUCAGCCAUUCUCAAUCCCCCUUCUCAGAUUUGCAGAUGCAAUUAAUAAAGUGGGAAAUGGUCGUAAAACCCAUGUUCGUGUGGUGGCGCUAGCAUGCACCUCGUAAUUUACGUGUUGGUGGCGGUGGUGGAUGGAUAGAUUGUUUCUGAUUUGUUAAUUUUAGUGGUUUGAAUAAUUAUUGAGAUGUCGAAUCAAGUGGUGGAGGUGAAGCGAGAUGCGGUCUCGCCAUGCAUGACAUGCCCAAUCUGCCACAAGCUCUUCCGCGAUGCCACCACUAUUAUCGAAUGUCUUCACACAUUUUGCAGGAAAUGCAUAUAUAAGAAACUAUCAGAUGAGGAAAUGGAAUGCUGUCCAAUAUGUAACAUUCACUUAGGAUGUGUUCCAUUGGAGAAGUUGAGGCCCGAUCAUAAAUUGCAAGAUGUAAGGGCAAAGAUAUUUCCUUCUAAGAGAAAGGUAAACGCACAUGAAGUGGUGACUUCAGUUCCAUUACCUGCAAAGAGAAAGGAGAGGUCACUCUCUUCGCUGGUGGUCAGUGCUCCUAGAGCAUCAGCACAAAGUGGAAUGACAGGAAAAAGAUCAAAAUCUAUUGCAGGAAAAGCAUUAAGAAAUUCCAGUUUUGCGAAAAAGAAAGCUUUUGACAAAGAUGAAGACUCAGUGGAAGACCACCCUGAAAGCUCUAAGUCACCUGAGACUCUAAACAAAUUUUCUCAAAAUACCAGGCUGAACCCUAAUGCUGCUGAGACGUCUAGUGGACUUAGUCCUGAUGAAGGAAGAGAGAGUGGUUCUGAACCAUGGAAAGGGAAAGUUGAUCUUUGGAAGCCCUUGAAUUGUUUGGUGGAAGCAGCAAAUAGGAGUAAAUCUUCUCUGUUGGCCCCACAAGGAUCUGUUGCUAAGUUGGAAUCUAUACAUUCCCAUGAUAACAAAGGAAUCGUCCGUAAAACGAAAAACAAGGAACCAGGGACAAAGUCAAAAGUUCAACAUGACAAGAUUGGCAAAGACCGUGACCAUGGGCAAUCAGAAAAACCUAAAAAAAUGCGUAGGAUCCAGCAGAAGAAGGCACAUUAUUUUGGAGAAUUUAGAAUAGAACCCCAGAACCUGCUCAAUGCUGCCUUUGCUAUCUGUGAAAAAAGAAAUAAUCCAAUUUGGUUCUCUUUAAUAGCGUCUGAUGACCAGGAAGGAGAUGCACACUUACCACAAAUUUCUGCAAGUUACUUGAGGAUAAAGGAUGGGAGCAUACCAGUUUCUUUGAUCCGUAAGUACCUGAAGAGGAAAUUGGAUCUUAUAAGUGAAGAUGAGGUUGAAAUCAAAUGCAUGGGACAGUCGGUUGUCCCCACAUUGACACUAAAUAAUCUAGUUGAUAUGUGGCUUCAAACAACUACUUCAGAAAGAGUAUCAGCCACUACUGGUUCAUCAGCAAAGGAUUUUGUGAUGGUAUUAAGCUACGCUCGCAAAAUUCCCAAUCCUUGAAAGUUUAUCUCUUAGAGUCCCUUAUAAGUAUCAAUUGCAAUUACUAGCCCAGUAUGCCUGUCGGGAGCCUGUAAUGAGAUUUGUAAUUUCUUGAAACCCUAUUCCUACUAGAGGCCUGAGCACAUUCCCAUAAGUUGCAUAGAAACAGAGGAGCUGGAGAAUUUGUUCCCUAGAAAAGAGGCUUUAGUAAUGUUUUAUUCAUAUUUGGACGGAUGAGUGCACUGGAGUUCUUGUAUCUGUUCUGUUAUAGGUGCAUUUUCAACUCUCUAUAUUCUUCUACAAUCUUGGACCUUGACAAUGUAAUAAUAGAAGUAUUCUAAGUUUUGUUGUGUGUGUUCUGAACUUC